CGGGGGAUCCUCAGCACUGCUCCAGCCACAAAGAUGUCUGGCUUCACACUUCUCACUUUAUUCUUUGUUGGAAGCACCAUAAGUUCAGCAUCCAUUCUGCCACUCUCAGACUCUUCCUAUUCUGGGGAGUUUGGUGGGAGUGGUGGAAACUGCUUUUUGCAAGCUGGAAACCAACAAGAGGGACCUAUCACUGCCAUUAGGAUCCAGAUGAAUCAAUAUUACAUUGCGGGUCUCCAGUUCCGCUACUGUCGCCAGUGGAGCGACUAUGUGGGUGGCAAUGAUGGUGAGAUGGAGGAAAUCAUCUUGUUUGAAGAUGAAGCCAUCACCCAAGUCACUGGAAGAUACGACAGCUAUACAAAUCUUGUGUUCAUCACGAAUCAAGGGCGCAGCUUCACCUUUGGAGCGUACAACGGCUAUCAUUAUGAUGGCUAUCGUGGCUAUACCUUUAAUGCAGUUCCAAUUUAUAGAGGCAUAGUCUUACGUUAUAUCAGUGGCUGGUCCAGUUCUUACAUAAAUGCCAUGAGUUUCCACUGGAGUAAAAACCCCAGGAAAUCUAAAAGAUGUAUAAGGAAUGGAGUGGAGCAGAAAUCAUGA